UGUAUGUCAACAGAUAAAACUACAAAAUAGACUUAUAAAUUAAUGGAAUGGCAAAGAUACACAUCGACAAACACGCAGCCAAUUCAGUGGAGGCUUAUUUAGAAUACAGAAGGAUUGUUGGGGAAGAUGAUGGAGGAAGACUGUUUUCAGAGGACGAGUACAAGAAAUACAAAGAGACAGUGGUGCCAGGACGAAUGCAGAACCGCCUUUAUGUCAGUUUUGGAGUCCCGGGACAGAUAGAUUGCAAACUAAUUGGACCUGAGACAACUUGCUUCUGUACACACAGGUAUAAACAGCACUGCACAGACUUUAAGGAGUUGCCAAAGGAAAGGCCUAUGCUCUUGCCCUGUAGAGUCAAAGGUUGUCAAUGUGCUUCUUAUGAAUAUGUUCAUAUCAACGGCUCUAAACCAGUGCGCUGUCGAUGCAAACAUACAACAAGUGAGCACAAAGAAGAUGCAAGACACUUGUGCAAGAAAUGCACUCACUGCACUGGCUAUCGAAGUCCAUUCACCUGUGGAUGUGGUGAGCCAGGAUAUGCCCAUGUGACACUGAUUGAAACCAGGGAAGAGCGCAUGGCACAGGGUCAUCCAGUGGGCAGAGCGGUCCCUUAUGCAGCCAUGGGAGGCCUGACUGGCUUCAGCUCACUGGCAGAAGGUUAUCUAAGACUGGAUCCCAGUGGCAUAGGGAAUACAUGUUAACUGCAUACACAGUAGGCAACUUGUCACCUGAUACUCGUGCUUUUGCAAACAUGAUGUUAGCAUUAGAUUAGCACACGCCCCUAGAGUCAACAUAGCUGUUAUUUUAUCUUUUGUAAUCAGCAUGAGAGGUAACUCUUAAGGUUAUUGUACUGCUGCUUUUAUACACUGAUAAAAAUCUUCUUAUUGGCAUCCAUGA